AUGUCCGAUAAACCAUCCCGCAUGGUUCAUUGUCCUCCAGGCACAAUUCUUCCGAAAGAGCUUGAGGAGACCAAGAAAGUGGUAGCGAAACUGGCCGAGUUUGAGGGUGGCAGCCUCGAACUGGUCGAAUUCGAAGUCCCGGAAGGAAUGAAUGUCCCUGGGCCAGCAACCCCUGGCUUCCGUCCGUUACUGCUCAGUGCAGGAAACGGUACACCGCGAAAUAUCUCGGUGAUUUUCUACAGCGACCACCAGCCACCAGCCAAUGUUGCUCAAACGGUUAAGUCUCAAACUGAUGCAUUUGUGGACGUGAUGUUCGAUUCCAGCUACAUUACGAUCAGCGAGUCCAACCCUCAUCUCAUCAAGUUCAUAGCCAGGACCGAGCCUUGCUUCAUCGACGACAAAGACAGCCAUCUUCCAAUCGUCGGCUUCAUUCGAGCAGUCUCGGAUCAAUUCGCCAAACAAGCUGGACGCAACAUCGAUCUUUGGCGAGACAAGCCCUGCAAACUCAAUUUCUUCGAAAAAAUCAAGGUGCAAAACGAGUGGGAAGAUUCUGCUCUCGACUGGCUUGUUCCUAAAUGCCAGAAGGUCGGCUUUCACUGCGAGGCACACAAGUUGAACAAGAAAGUCGAGUUCAUCACCAUGCAGUCCGAGGAUGGCGUACGGGAAGGAAUUGUCCGUGUCUUGAAUGCAUAG